GGUUGCUGCGCAGUUCGUCGGUCAGAUCUUGCUAACUGGAGGCCUGAAACCAGCGACGCAAAACAUUGCAAACGAAACCAAAGCAGCAUGCAAACUCGCAGAUUUUCUUUCAAUUUUAGAUUACUUAAAUAGACGUAUAUUUAUUUCAUUCAUGCUUGCGCUUCGUCGGAAAGAAUCCUGCGCAAUUUGAGCUGCUAUAGCGCUAUCCAGUCCAUCUGUCAUUAGCAUGAUUAGCAUGCUAACCGUAUGACAGAGUGCAUUCAACCGACCUAAGUUGGUUCAAACGACAAGAAACAACGAUUAAAGGCUUGGACAUCACUCAAGGUCAUCAGCAGGGACCAGUGAAUAUUUGCAGUUUUGACACAGAGGAAUGAGUCAUGACCUCAGUGGUGAUUGUAGAUGGAGGAGGGAAUAUACUGGAGUAUGUUGCUGGAGAUGAGGAGGCACAGCAGGAGGUUUGUCCUGAAGGGGUAGAGCCUGAUAUAGAGAAUGAGUGUCCUGCAGUGAUAGUGGAGCAGGUGAAUAGUGCAGAAGUGGAGCAGUGCUAUGCUGCUCAGGUAUUGGUCUAUGAUGAUCAGAAUACCUAUAUGGUCCAAGAUGUGGCUGAAGAACAAGUGGUGGAAACUGAGUUGCAAGAGAUGGAAGAAGUGGAGGACUCGGUACAUGACAAAACUAUUGAAGCAGCCGAAGCACUGCUGCACAUGGAUUCACCUUCCAGUCUGCAUGGGGAUCGCAAUGCAGAGGAGCUUUUUUCUGAGGUGGAAGUGGAGGUGAGAACUGAGGAUAUUGGACCUGCUACAAAGGACAUUGUUGUUCUACAGCAGACAGAAUUACAGAAGAAGAAAAGAGGACGAAAACCUAGAACUCCACGAAAUAGCUCUGAUGGUUCACUGGAUCUGGUCUAUAAGAGGAAAUCAAAAGAUAGCAAGGGUUCGACUACUUAUCUAUGGGAGUUCCUGUUGGACCUCCUGCAGGAUAAGGAAACAUGUCCAAAAUACAUAAAGUGGACUCAGAAAGAGAAGGGCAUUUUCAAGCUUGUGGAUUCCAAAGCGGUGUCUAAAUUAUGGGGCAGACAUAAGAAUAAACCGGACAUGAACUACGAGACAAUGGGGAGAGCACUCAGGUAUUACUACCAGCGGGGCAUUUUAGCAAAAGUAGAAGGCCAAAGACUCGUGUACCAGUUUAAGGAGAUGCCGAAAGAUAUUGUCUUCAUAGACGACGACGACGAUGACAGCAUUGAUGAAGGACAGAAAGAAACUCCAGCUGUUAAUCGCAGCAAUCAGAAGGGCAAAGUGGAAGUGGUCUCUUCCUCUUCUGCUUUGCCUAAAAUCAUCAACCUAACCUCGGGACAAGAUGCAUAUAUAACCCUGCAGCAGGUCGACCGCCAACUCAGCACAGCCCCUGGGAUGGUAAGGCUGGCCAUGCAAGUCCCUUUUCUCAUGACAUCACAGGGUCAGAAAAUCUCCACAUUAUCUGUCAACUCUCCCACUGUUCGCUCUCAAUUCCUCCCCGCUUCCAGCUCAUUUGUGGGAGGCAACACCACAGGCAAAGUGCUUCUCCAGGCUGUGCCGACGCUAGUACCAGCACAGGGCCAAAGCGGCGAGAGAAUCACCUUGCAGCUCAUCACCCUUCCCACUUUACCUGGCAAGGGUGGCACUCCCAUCUCACUGAGCACGCUUUCCCCUGUGACCACAACCACCAACUCCCAAGUUCUGAAGCUUGCCGUCCCCUCUAAUAUGGCUGCACCUGGAACCUCAGGUGCUGUUACUAUGGUGACCUCGCAGCCAGCGGUGACUGUGGUGCCAAACAAACAGCCUGCAAUGUCUCUACAGGAUGUGACUAUUGUAAAGGUCGAGACUUCUGAAGUUACGGUUGACAGUUCUGCAGGGACCACUGCAGUUACACAGACAAUCCCCACAAACACAGAGAGCUAAAAAAACAUUGACACACAGGAACCAAUAACAGUUGUGAUGCAGAUGCUAAUAGAGAAAGUUGUAAUGAAAAACAUCCAGGGUCUUGGAAUGGUGGCUGUGUCUUAUGUGAAAUGGAUGAUCCAGCACUACAGCUCAGACACUCCCCCACACUAUAACCACCUUGUGUAGCCUCAAACCAGGGUUAGACAUUUGAAGGCUUUUUUUCUUCCUUUCCUUACGUAAAUGUGUUAAAGUCCUGCUUUGUUAUAGCAAAGUGUCUGUGCUGUGAUGCUGUAGGAAUUAACUUCACUUGGUGCUAAAGAUUGUAAGUCACAUGGGUGAAGAGAGGCCACCAGCUGAGUUGCUUGUGCUCACCUGGAGCAUGUGAGAAUCUGCAUAUACAUACUCGCUGUGGUAGUGAAUGAUAAAUAAAACAAGCAGCCUUAGGUCACCUUUCUCCUGCUCAUUGUUUUUUUUUUUCUGUAAAUAUGAGAUUUUUUUAUAUUUUAUACCAGGAAGUGUUUUUACAGUUCAAAGGAAACUGUUUUCCGAAGGACAUACAUUUUUUGUGUUUUUCAUUUCAAUCUUUUAAAAUAAUUUUCUCAUGUUUCUCCGCUGUCUCUUUUUUGUGUACCAUGCAUUUGUGGCUUUGUACUUUGUGAAUCACUUUGGUUGAUCAUACAUGUACAGAAAGGGAAAGAAAAUACAGUAUAUUGAAUAUUCAAUAUAUGAAGCAUAUAUUUUGUUGUAUUCUUAUGCUAAAAUGUAUCCUAGUAGAUUUAAAUAUAGAAAACAAAUUAUGCAACAAAAAAAAUUACCUAGCUUUGUUUUUGUUUCAUUUUGUGUGCAAAAAGUAAUUUUGUUAACUGAUCUUCAUGAACUUCUAUAGUUGACCUUUUUGUUUCAGGUCAUAUGACCUAUAUUAGGACUGUCAUAAGUGUGAACAUGAAUAUUUUUAGUUGGACCUUUGGUAAUAAAGUCACUUCAGUACUA